UAACCCUUCUUUUUUACCGGGUUGAAUUACCGGGUCAGGCGACCCGCUAAUUCACCAAAGGAGCUUUCACAUCGCACACGGACCCGUUUCGACACGGCAAUAUGCCGUGUCGAUACCGUUUUUUUAGUGCGAUGUGAAAGGGGUAUUAGAUUUACAUGAGAUAGAAAAGGUGUAUAGUAGAGGUUCCCAAACUGUGUGCCGUGGCUCCCUGGGGUGCCUCGGGAGAGUUGCAGGGGUGCCCUGGGUUGGUGGUCCAGGACCAAUUCACAUUAUUCAUGGUCAAUAUAAUAGGCAAAACCAGUGCUGGUGGCUGCCAGUCAUAAAAUGUGGCAAAACAGAAGCAAAUCUUGUCCCUCACCACAUAACUGACCCUAAGGAUGACAUAUAAACGCGAUCUACUUAAUGUAGGUUGAGUAUCCCUUAUCCAAAAUGCUCGGGACCAGAGGUAUUUUGGAUAUGGGAUUUUUCCGUAUUUUGGAAUAAUUGUAUACCAUAAUGAGAUAUCAUGGUGAUGGGACCUAAAUCUAAGCACAGAAUGCAUUUAUGUUACAUAUACUCCUUAUACACACAGCCUGAAGGUCAUUUUAGCCAAUAUUUUUUAUAAUUUUGUGCAUUAAACAAAGUGUGUGUACAUUCACAUCAUUCAUUUAUGUUCCAUAUACACCUUAUACACACAGCCUGAAGGUCAUUUAAUACAAUAUUUUUAAUAACUUUGUGUAUUAAACAAAGUUUGUGUACAUUGACCCAUCAAAAAACAAAGGUUUCACUAUCUCACUCUCACUCAAAAAAGUCCGUAUUUCGGAAUAUUCCGUAUUUCGGAAUAUUUGGAUAUGGGAUACUCAACCUGUAUUUCUUUCUAAAUUUCUCAAUAAGAAAUAUUUGGCCUAGGGGUGCCGUGAAAAAAAUUCUGAUAUUCUAGGGCACCGUGAUUCAAAAAAGUUUGGAAACCACUGGUAUAUAGCAUUUAUGCUGGAUAAAAUAAUGGUUGCACUCAUUACUGCACCAUAAUAAUGCUUGCUGCAGGCUCUCCUGGCGGAAAUCAAUUGGACCAAUUUGUGGUUUGCUUCUUUUUUUUAAUUCUGUGUGUGAGUUUCACCGAAUGUAGAUUCCCUCCAAAGAUAGUCAGAAUCGGGGAAUCUGGUUGUCCAACAUGUUGCAUUUUGCAUACCAAUUGGACCUGUAGAUAGUGUUCACUCUAAGCUUCUUUCGCAGGGCGCUGCGCCCUGCCCCUUUUUUGAGUGACAGAAUGCGCCCUGCCCGUUUGCGCCCGCCCUGCUAAGAGCUGUCUUCUCCCCCCGCCGCGCUGUCACUUCUCCCCCCAUGUGAUCGCAAAAUACGCGCUGCUAUAUCCAAUCGCCGCCAGCAGCGCCUCCUCAUCCAAUCGCCGCUGGCAGCACCUCCUCAUCCAAUCACCGCCAGUGCCUCCUCAUCCAAUCACCGCCGGCAGCGCCGCGUCAUCCAAUCGCCGCCAGCGUCUCAUCAUCCAAUCGGUGCCGGCAGCGUCUCCCCAUCCAGUUGCAGUGUCUCGCUAUCGAAGCCCGCCUGAGACGUCCCUCCCUCCUCCCUGUCCGCCAGCAUGCUGCUCCAGGGACUGACUACACUACUUGUUUGCUGGUGCGAGAUCGCUUGGAAAAUAGCGGAGACGCUGGAACGGGUUAGGUUCUCUGCUUCCGCCCUCCGGAACCUACUGACAGCGGGUAACAUUGCUGUUACUAAAGAAGGCCGGUGACCAUGACGUGUGUGCUCAGCGGUCCCACCGCCGUGUGCGAUGUCAUUACAGAGCUAGAUACUCAGCUGGCUCUUCUUGGGCCUGGGCCCCACACUCCGAAGCAGCGCUCUGACGUAUCCCGAUUGGGUGAGCUAAGGGGGAAAGCACUCCAGAUUAUGAACCAAUUCGGAGCAUCCACGCUCAUCAACCUGUCCAGCUUCUCCUCUUCCACCUCCAUGUCUACCUCAACCACAGUAAAACAGGAGCAGACUAUGGCUAACAGUACUGCAACCAACAAAGUGUCUGGCACCGCUUCAGGAGGAGGUCGUGCAAGCCCAGAUGCUAACCAGGUUCUGACUAAGAAAAAGCUUCAUGAUUUGGUCAGAGAAGUGGACCCAAAUGAACAGUUGGAUGAGGAUGUGGAGGAGAUGCUGCUGCAAAUAGCAGAUGAUUUCAUUGAGAGUGUGGUCUCUGCAGCCUGCCAGCUAGCAAGGCAUCGCAAAUCAAACACCCUGGAAGUUAAGGAUGUUCAGCUGCAUCUAGAGCGACAAUGGAAUAUGUGGAUUCCUGGAUUUGGAUCAGAAGAGAUCAGGCCAUAUAAAAAGGCGUGUACAACAGAGGCUCACAAACAGAGAAUGGCUUUAAUUAAGAAAACCCAGAAGAAGUAAUGUUUCUGACUGGUGCAUCCGUGCUUGGCACUCCUAUUUGAACUCCUUCCUUCAGCAGGAAACUAGUGCAGUCACCACCUCUUCAGAGAAGAGCCUAAUUGCUGGGACAGAAACAUCUAGUAAUGUGGACUUGGUUUUAUUAGUCCUGCAUUACAGAACCCUCUUGACAGGGACCGUGUUAAACUGUCUAUACCUUUUGUAUAUAUGAAAGAAAGGGACUCAUUUGAUUAAAGAUUAUUAAUGUAA